UAAAUGCCAAGGAUUUUAUCUUCAGGCACCAAGCUGUGGUAAGCAUUAGAAUAGAUGAGUAUGGAAGCAGCAGGACCUAGAUCAUUACUUUGUGAAAUGCUUGGUCUUUCCUUAAUUUCUAGCACCUUGUGGUGAGGUUUUUGUGUAGCAUGUCUUGUUUACUUCAGUUAGUAGGUGUUCAGUGUUUUUCAAGGCCUGAUGUAACACCCCCUCCCUUUUGAUUGUUGCCCAGUCUGGUAAUAGAGAUUGCUUUGUUCUUUUUUUGCCUUUUGAAUGCACAAAAGAUUUUCUCAGCUUCCUUCAUAUGUGAAGAGAGAAGGCGAUUUCUACACCAAAAUCCAAUAUAUUUUUAGUUUUUCCUUUCCCAGAGUGUUGUAUAAGAGUAAUAUGGGUUGCAAUGCAUGCAUGUCCUGUCAGGGUGAUGAUUAGGAGACAGACUGGAAGGGUAAGCUAAGAACAAAAAAAAGAAGCUGCUGUACUGAGUUACUAAUCUUAAAAACAACCGAACUCCCUCUUAAACGUUUUAAUCAGUGCUAUGAUUCUUGUAUUAGCCAUCAAACGUUUGAUGAGUGAAAUAGUGAUAUAUUUAGAAACUUCUGUACGUGAUGCACAGGGCAUGGAAAUUAAGUCUAGUGAUGUGUCAGAGUAAUCAAUAAAGCUACUGGGUUUUGGAGUAAGUGUAAAUGUACAAUGCCAUCUUUGCUCCUGGGAGAAUGCAAAUCAGUUGGUGUUAGAAGUCUUUCUAGAUUCAGAGGUCUGAGAAUUUGCUUUCAUGGCAUUUAAGCAUUUAACAUGCUGCUGCCAUGAAUUAAAAUACAGUCUCUUCCAGAAGACUGAGGUAGUGCUUUCAAGUCUUAGUUGGCUGGAUUUAGAUGUGUAUGUGGGAGGGUAGGGAGUAAGAGGAGCUACAGCUUGUUGACAGAACUUGUCAAGUACUAGUAAAAUAAUUUUUUGCAUUCAAGAUUUCUUACUUGCUUUGCUCAGCUUAGGUUGAGAGACCUUCACUGACUGCUUAAGGUGUUCUGAGGAUGGGAGGCAGUUUCCAACACAAACAAACCGAUAGUCACCUGAAUUUUUAAAGUAUUGCACUUUUUAGGCCACAGAUUGCAAAGCAUAUAGAUGAAAUUCUGUCAUGCUGCUGUCUCAAAUCUGUUGUGAAGGCUUGGCAUACAAACAUGAAGUCUGGCCUUUUAAUCUUAACAUUUUUCAGGAACUGAAAUUACUUACCACAUUCCAUUUUAAGGCUUAUUAGAAGCCUCCUGAGGACAAGGAUGUCAUUGUAUGAAUGUGCGUGAGUAUCUGGCAUCAGAAAAGUGACUUAAACCUUAGUAAAUUUGAGAAUAUCAAGUUUAUAGUUAAUAUGUUCAUUUUUCAGUACCAGUCUCACUUCACUUGUUAUCCUCCCUCUAGGUUUUGCUGUCUCAGACUGCAUGUCAUGUAGGCAGGAACUCUGCCUACAGCACUGUACUGAAAGACAAGGCGAAGAACAGGGGAUUAGUUGAAGUUCACAGUUACUUGAAUGUACAUAUCUAUCAUGACUCUGAUUAGGGAAAAAGAAUUCCUGCUCCAAUGCAAAAGCUCUAUUGACUGAUAUAUUAAUAAUUCUGCAAGAAAAAAAUUCAAGUGUAGAACACAAAUCAGUGUUUUCUUAGUGCUGGUGUGCAGUACCUAUUUUAAUUAAGAUGUCUGUCAAUUCUGCCAUUAGCCUUUUCAGGAUAUUGUGGCAGCAGCAGUUAAUGGUUCCUUGCUUUUUACUCGGUGAUUAGAGAACUUGGCCAGGAUAUAGGAGAUCAGUUCCAUCCCCCAGGGUUUCUGCCCUUGCAUCUUUUACCUUCCAGGGGAGUGCUCUCAUCACCAAACUAUGUGUUAUUCAGAGGUUGAGCGUUGUGUGUUAAUUUAAAUCUGUUUCACUGCUGGGUCAGGAAGCAGGCAUGACUUUCUGCCCUAAUGAUCUCAAUACUAACUUGGGAUUGGUGGGGACCUGGCUUCUACUUCACGCCUUUAUAAAAGUGUAGUUUGGAAGACUGAAGGAGCUGUGGGGGUAGUUGAGGCUGCUUUUCUAGAAAUGAAACAUUCUAGAGAUGAAAUUCCUACAAACAAAAGAUGGUCCUAGUAUGAUUUCCUGUGUCAUAGGUAAGAGAGCUGUUGGGCGUGGAUCUACCACUACCUUUUCUCGUGGUUUGUGUCAGAUUUAGUGAAUGUGAGAGCGUCUCCUUCUUCUGUUGAAGGGUGUGAUCCAAUAAAUUAAUUGCUUAUUUUGUGCACUUUGGGAUUUUGGUAUGAGUUGAGCAACCUGAUGCUGUUGGAAUUUGAGGAAUUGUGUGAGGGCCACCAGACAGGUCAAAUUAAUUGAGGAUAUUAAGUUCUUCUGAGAUUAGCUCUAUUUGGGUGAAUACCACAGUUCUGAAUACUAGGAUUCAGCUGCUGAAAUCUCAGUCAAUAAUUGUCACUGAAACACAGUGGCAAAAAAUGUGUACUUUCUACAGGAAAUACUCUGAAAUACAUGUAAUGCUUUUUAAAAUGCAGUGAUUUCAAUUUCCUAAAAUUUGGAAGAAGAAUGUCUUCUGGUCUUUUUUAGUAUCUUGGCUAUUUUAUUUCCUUAUUUUGGUAAUGUGAUGUAUCAACAUCUUUGGCCCAACUGCCACCAUCUUUAUUAUAGCCCUUUGUCAUUUUAUGAUGACUCUAAGCAUUAUAAUACACUCUAAAAGUAAAUAAUUGCCACAAGCCAUUUAGUCAAACAUGACACAGAUGUCUGGUGACAUCUGAGUAAAGUUUCCAGGAAGAACCAAAGCAGAACUUGGUAGAAGAAAACAAGUGUGCACAUUGUCUUUCUGGUGCCACGUUGCUUGAGUAUAAUUGGUGAAGAUUAAAAUUUGCAACGAUUCAGCCAAUUACAUGGCUUGAGUGGAGUGAAACACAAGCCAGUGUGUGCUAGCUGAACUGGAUCCGGGCAAGCAUCCUGACUUGGAAAAGGGAUGAUUUAAUAAGAUUAAUGGAGCAUAUGUGUCAUUGCAACGCUUGCUGAUCCCCUUUCUCCAUCUUUAAUUCUUCCAAAGAUGCCAACAUUGAUGUCUUUUCUCUUACAUCUUUCACAGGUGAUGUCUGUGCUUGAAAUACUCUGAUCUGCCAGACCGUGGUUCCCCUCUCAUGUGCCAUCCCUAUAGAAACUCAGCUCUCCUGAUACAUUAUCUCUCUGUUCACCAGAACUACCAUGAUGACAUUAUCCUGGAACUGAUUAAUUGCGUAGCUGUUGUGCUGUCAUCUUCAUUAUUAGAUUCUGUUGAGUAUUUAUUUUUAGGGCCAGGUCUAAGCCUCAGGUCCCAAGUUCCCUUGGGUAGCUUCCAUAGCUGAAUGUCACAUUAAGUGGCAUGGUAUAUCUGGGGGAUGUCAGAAAGUCAGAAUGUUCUGCUGGCUUUCGGUUUCCCAAAAAUAUUCUGUAACUGAUAACUAAUCGGUUAAACCACAACAUUUUUAACAUCCUAUGACAACAAGGAUUCAAAAUAAUAUAUUAGAUGAGACUAUCCUUAUACUUUUCUUGUAUAGGGACGGGGUUUAAGGAUGGAGUGACCUUUUUUCCCAGGAUGUCACAACAGAGGUUCUUUAAAAUCAUCACAGCUGAUAUCCUGAAGCGAGGAGAAUGCACCAAGAAAAUUAUUCUCUAUUGCACAAUCUUGUGCUUAAGAUUCCUCCCUUAUUAUUGAAGUUGCCCAUGUAGAAGCUGGAGAGAUGUAAUCAUAUCUUACAGUUUACAUAUGGUAGCAUUUUCCCUAACCAGUAGAAUCUGAAAGGAAAAUUAUAGUGUUUGACUCUCAUUUCUUUUCUUCUUCCAUUUGAAAACAGUAUUUUCUUCUGUCUGUCAGGUUUGGAUGUUCUUCCUUUACUUCCUGUACCUAGUUCUUAGGCUUUUGACCUAAGCAAGUAUUUUCUCACGCAGCACGGUUAUGUAGCUGGAGACUGAAAUGAUUCUUUUCCAUUUCUACGCCUCAGCCGCAUUCCUAUAGGCGUCUGCAUGGCAGAGGUGGUGUGCGGGAAGCAGGAGGAGACCCAGGGGGUUCCACCCUCUGUUCACACACACAAUCUUUAACUUUAGGCAUGAGUUGGCAAGCUUACCUGCAGGAAUAGGCUUGGAUCUGGGAUAUUUUUUAGUCCAGCUGCUAAAAGACAGAAACUGUGCUGUGCAGCAUGAACCACUGGCUCUUAAAGCCAAGCACCCUCCAGUGCUCUGGUGUUAUCCAUCAGUUCUACUUGGUCAGUGCUUUUCUACUUGCCACUUUGUCUCGGAAGCCCAAAUUUACUACUUCAUUCCCAUGGACUCUGCUGUUUCUGGACAGAGGUGUCUUAGAAGUCCUUUUGUUCCAUCUGAUACCUAACCAGAAGAUAACUUCUAGUAAAUUUGCAAUGGUACAUAAUUUUAAAUAACUUUAGAAGUUUGUCAGAAGUUUACAGAGAUCAGUAGAAAUGUUAAGACUUGAUAGUGUUCCUCUGAAUCACAGAAGUUUGGGAACUCUGCUUAUACCAUGUUCUCAUGUCAGUUGUAUGGCAAAUAACUUCAUACUAGAACAGCAAAAGCACUGUACAAAUGGAUUCAUGGUGCAGCUUAGCUUCAGGUGCUAAAAAUCAAGUGAUCUCAGCAUGUAAAUUUGGAGCACCUGUCUUGACAGCAGUGCUGCACAGUUUUGCAGGGGUUUUCUCCACACAGGUAAGCCAGUACCAAGCGUGUAACCUCAGGUUUUAUUUAACUUGAAGAAGCUGCUUGGAUUACUAAGUUCAGCUUAACUCCACUUGAGAUGGUGUAGCUUGGAUGAGAACUCGCUUUACAAGAUGACUGAUUUCUGUGCAGUGCGAUCAGGACAGAGGGCAUAUUCCCUUGUGGAUUCCAGUCAAGUGUCUACCUUCCUGAUUUCUAUUCUCCUCAUAGUCUACGGCAGUUUCAGGUCUCUUAACAUGGACUUUGAAAAUCAAGACAAAGAGAAGGACAAUAGCAGCACAGCUGGGUCUUUUAAUGGCAACAGCACCAAUAACAGUAUUCAAACCAUUGAUUCUACCCAGGCAUUGUUCCUGCCCAUCGGAGCGUCUGUGUCUCUCCUAGUUAUGUUCUUCUUCUUUGAUUCAGUUCAAGUUGUCUUUACAAUAUGCACAGCAGUCCUUGCAACGAUAGCUUUUGCUUUCCUUCUGCUCCCGAUGUGCCAGUACUUAACACGGCCUUGUUCACCUCAAAACAAGAUUUCCUUUGGCUGCUGCGGGCGUUUCACUGCUGCUGAGCUGCUCUCAUUUUCUCUGUCUGUGAUGCUUGUCCUUAUCUGGGUCCUGACUGGCCACUGGCUCCUUAUGGAUGCUCUGGCUAUGGGCCUGUGUGUUGCAAUGAUAGCCUUUGUUCGGCUGCCCAGCCUGAAGGUUUCCUGCUUGCUACUCUCUGGGUUACUAAUUUAUGAUGUCUUUUGGGUCUUUUUUUCUGCCUACAUCUUUAACAGCAACGUGAUGGUGAAAGUGGCCACACAACCAGCUGAUAAUCCCCUGGAUGUUUUAUCCCGGAAACUUCACCUGGGACCAAAUGUGGGUAGAGAUGUUCCCCGUCUGUCCCUGCCUGGUAAACUUGUAUUUCCAAGUUCCACAGGUAGCCACUUCUCCAUGCUGGGGAUCGGAGAUAUUGUGAUGCCAGGUCUUCUGCUCUGCUUUGUCCUGCGUUAUGAUAACUACAAAAAGCAAGCCAACAGUGAUUCCUGUGGUGCCCCAGGACCAGGGAACAUCUCUGGCCGUAUGCAGAAGGUCUCUUACUUCCACUGCACACUUAUUGGCUAUUUUGUAGGUCUAUUAACGGCAACAGUAGCUUCUCGUAUUCACCGGGCAGCCCAGCCUGCCCUCCUCUAUUUGGUACCUUUCACUUUAUUGCCGCUCCUCACCAUGGCCUAUUUAAAGGGCGAUCUACGUCGCAUGUGGUCUGAGCCUUUCCACUCCAAGUCCAGCAGCUCCCGUUUCCUGGAAGUAUGAUGGAACAGAUAGGAAGUGACCUGAACUUCUGCCUUGGUCCUUUUCACUUUAACUCGUGGCUUUGUAGUCUCCUAAGGCUGGACUGGCUGGUGCGUGGGAAGGUACCACUUAUGGGACUUGUAUGAAAGGACUUUGUAUUAAAAGGAGGAAAAGGAAAAAGCAAAGAUCCUGGAGCUCUGUGUGGCUCCGUGUCUCCCUGCAGAUGUGGAACUGGGGACCCUUUGUGCAACUGCAGCCACUUUCCUCUUUUCCUCACUCGGAUGGAUUAGUACCAGACUAUUACCUGUGUGAGAGAGGAAGAGACAGACUUGAAACUGAAAACGGCUUGAAGUCGUUCAAAAACUUGUGAACACUAAAAGAAACCAUGGUUAAGCAACUGAAGCUUCUUCAGAGAACCCCUCGUGGACAUUGGGACCAGUUUCCUGCUGGACUUCGGGUUUGAAAAGAACUGAGACAGAAGCUCUUCUGUCACCAUAUUGGGUUUUUUUGAUCUAUUAAAUAUUUCCUGUGGUGUGAGGUUACUUAUUAAAUCCACAGACAUUGAGUGACUUCUUGCAGUAUACAUAUAAAAAUUUGUUGUAACAAGUUACAUUUCCACCCAGAUGUCAUGUUUGCAGUGAAAAAGGGCACGAUUUUUAUACAUAUAUAUAUACACACAUAUAGAUAUAUAUAUGAAUAAAUAAAAAGGAAAACCUGCUAAGAUCAUGCUAUGUAGCAGACAGGGGCUUGCUGUAAUUUUUAGCAUGUAGAGCAGUUUACUCUGGCUUUCUUGUCUAUGGAUCUACAAUGAGCUGCUGUUCUCUCCCCCCCCCUCCCCCCCCCCCCAACUGAACCUGCAGUUUAAAACCAAGUGUAGUAUUUGUACUGGUUGUACUCAUGGACUUUAGGGGAUAUUUGAUUUUGAUCAAUGUAGCAAACUAGGGAAGCAAAAAUUUCAAACCCAGCCCUGUUGGGGGGGGGGGGGAAGGGGUGGGGGGGGUCUUUUCUCCUUUUAUUUUUUCAUUUUCUUUUUCUACCACCAGCCCCCGUGCAGGUUUUUAGUAGUUCCCUCCUGACCCAGUGCAUGUAUUAUAGCAGCAAUUGUCUUUGUGCUUUCUGAUCAUAGUAAUGUAUCACUUGUAAAUACAUUUUUUUCUAUUUUCUA